AUGAGUCCUCUGUGGCUGCGAGCGUCUCUCUCGUUGCUGCUGCUGCUGGGUGGCUGCCUCCUCGAGGGCUCCGGGAGAAACCAGGGGGCGGCCGGCAGCGCGGUCGAGUCGGCCCCGGGCCCCGCGGGCGGCUCCUCCGGUCGCUUCGUCAGCCCCGAGCGGCACGCGUGCAGCUGGCAGCUCCUGCCGCCCGCCCCAGGGCCCGCGGCGGGCAGCGAGCUAGCGCUGCGCUGCCAGGGCCCGGACGGGGCGCGCCACCAGUGUGCCUACCGCGGGGAGCCGGAGCGCUGCCCGGUCUAUGCCGCCAGACGCUCGCACUACUGGAAGCAGGUGCUGGGUGGGCUGCGCAGGAAGCGACGGCCCUGCCACGACCCCGCGCCGCUCAAGGCCCGCCUGUGCGCGGGCAAGAAGGGCCAGGGCGCGGAGCUGCGCCUGGUGCCCCAUGCAUCCCCAUUCGUCAGCCCUACUGGGGCGGGCUUUCCCCGGGAUCCCAAGCUCCGGGCCAGGAGCCGGGGGCAGCCCCGAGAGGCCGCGCGCGGCCCCACCGCAGGGGACCCGCCUCCCCCGAACGCGCCGCCCAAAGGGAAGCCCUCUGAGAAGACCAAAGGAGGCAAAAGAAAGGCUGCCUGGGACCCAGACGAGGAGCGACCUCUGGGGACCCGGCCCGAUCCUGACGAGCUGGACGAGAACGCAAAGCUCACGGAGACCUACUGUGCUGAGAAGUGGCAUUCCCUCUGCAGCUUCUUUGUCAAUUUCUGGAAUGGCUGA